ACUGAGAGAGAGAGAGAGAAAGGAGGAGGACGCGAUUAAAAAAAAUAAGAGGGGGGAAAGGGAGGGGGGGAGAGACGCGACAAGAGCCUCUCGGUUUUUCACUCCGCAGCGAGGCGGGAGAGGCAGGCGCGCGCGCCUCUCCCUCUCUCUUUCUCUCUCUCUCUCUCUCCCUCUCACCUACUGUCUCCGGUGGACCCCCAGUCCUCCGGGCCGGGCUGGGCCGGGCUGGGCCGGGCCAGGCCGGGCCAUCAUCUCGGGCGCAUGGACGACCACUUCAACCUGAUCGACUCGCCGUCGGCGCGGCGGCGGGGAAGUGACGGAGACAGCCGCGGCUCCGAUGUGGACGGGGGCGCACCGGCCGCGGCUACAGUGACGGUGGCGGUUGGUGAGCUGUUGGAAGAGACGGGCGCGCUGCCGGCGCACGUGUCGCUGGAGCGCUACGAGCCCGAACCGGGCUGCCGCGAGCGCGUGGUCAUCAACAUCUCGGGCCUGCGCUUCGAGACGCAGCUCAAGACGUUUAGUCAGUUCCCGGACACGCUGCUUGGCGACCCGCGCAAAAGGAUGCGCUACUUCGACCCGUUGCGCAACGAGUACUUCUUCGACCGCAACCGACCGAGCUUUGACGCCAUCCUCUACUACUACCAGUCUGGCGGGCGCAUCCGCAGGCCCGUAAACGUGCCCAUAGACGUCUUCUCCGAGGAAAUUCGCUUCUACCAGCUGGGCGAGGAGGCCAUGGAAAAGUUCCGCGAGGACGAGGGUUUCAUCAAAGAGGAGGAGCGCCCGCUGCCCAGCCGUGAGUUCCAGCGACAGGUGUGGCUCCUCUUCGAGUACCCGGAGAGCUCGGGCCCUGCGCGCGGCAUCGCCAUCGUCUCCGUGCUCGUCAUCCUCAUCUCCAUCGUCAUCUUCUGCCUGGAGACGCUGCCCGAGUUCCGCGACGACCGUGAGGCGGCGGCGGCCGCGGCUGCUGCGGCGGCGGCGGUGCCAAUGGGCAACGGCACGGCGCCUUUCGGCCCGGGUUCCUUCACCGACCCGUUCUUCGUGAUCGAGACGCUGUGCAUCGUGUGGUUCUCCUUCGAGCUGCUCGUGCGCUUCUUCGCGUGCCCAAGCAAGGCCACGUUCUCCAAGAACAUCAUGAACAUCAUAGACAUCGUGGCCAUCAUCCCGUACUUCAUCACUCUGGGCACGGAGCUUGCCGAGCGCCAGGGCAACGGACAGCAGGCAAUGUCGCUGGCCAUCCUGCGCGUCAUCCGCCUCGUGCGCGUAUUUCGCAUCUUCAAGCUCUCGCGCCACUCUAAGGGUUUGCAGAUCCUCGGCCAGACGCUCAAGGCCAGCAUGCGCGAGCUGGGCCUCCUUAUCUUCUUUCUUUUCAUCGGGGUCAUACUCUUCUCCAGCGCCGUGUACUUCGCUGAGGCGGACGAUCCGGCCUCGAGCUUCGGCAGCAUCCCGGACGCCUUCUGGUGGGCCGUGGUCACCAUGACCACAGUGGGCUACGGCGACAUGCACCCGGUCACCAUCGGCGGCAAGAUCGUGGGCUCUCUGUGCGCCAUCGCCGGCGUGCUGACCAUCGCGCUGCCUGUGCCCGUCAUUGUAUCCAACUUCAACUACUUCUACCACCGCGAGACGGAUGGCGAGGAACACGCUCAGUGCUUGCACGCGGGCAGCCGCGAGCGCGUGGACUCGGCGCAGGGCGAGCUGCUGGAGCGCGCGCGCAGCGCCUCGUCGCUCGGCAAGCCGGAGUACGUGGCUAUCGAGGAAGCGCUGCACGGCGCCUUCAGGCAGCCCAGCUACCCCAACCAGAACAGCCAGAACUGCGUGAGCGUCAAGAAAAUCUUCACCGACGUGUAGCUGGGGCACAAAAGCGCAGCGCGCGAGCGUGAGUGCGUGCCACUGAGUGAGCUUUAUCUCCACGCACGGAGACACGCGCAAAACCCCCGAAAACAGACCCAGGACGGAAGACUAAAGCUGCUGGUGCGCAGCCCGUUCAGCCUUUGGGAUUCUUUUACCCCGAAGCGCUUUAACAGGGCAGGCGGGGGACUGUGGAAUAAAACGCGGACUAACCAUGUCGUGAUCGUCGCUGUGCGUUUUUGCUCUCAAUGUUUAUCUGUGCUCGUCAUAACGCGUUCAGUGUUCGCGGUGUGUCCCGUUUCGUGGCAAAGCUGAACGGCCCGCUGGAAGGUCUGUUGAUGCGGGCCACGAACUGCUCUCGGAGGUCGUGUGUUAGAAUGUCACCAUGUAUUUUGUUCAGUAUAUACAAGUGCAGAUUCUAUUUUAACACAAUGAAAGUCUGUGGAAAAAACAUUAAGAUGUUAAAAAUAGUCUGAUAUAUAUAUAUAUAUA